AUGACCCAGUUCCAAGUACAGAGAUAUCGGUUAGAUUUCCUUGCCCUACGAAUGCAUGAAUGUAAAGCAGCAGUCACGAGAGAAUUCUUUACCGGUAGUCUGUCCGCGGGCUCCGCCUUCCCGGCGCUGCCCGCCAACCCUCCGCCUCGUUUCCCGGGGGACUGGGUGAGGAGGCGAGGGACGAGCUCCCUCCGGCGCAGCCGGGCCGUCCUGCCUCGGGCCCGGGAGGCGGUGGGGGCUGCGGGCACAGCUCUCGGCGUGGCCGCGCUCAGUGUCAGGGAGACAGUUACAAAGCAGCCCUGCUGGUCCUUGUCUGUCCCAGCAGUGAUUGGGAAAGAGAGGGACGUUCUCCAAGAAAGAAACCUCGGGGUGUGCCUAGAACGUCCCCCUCUCAGCCUGUCCUGCGGCAGGACAGAGGGUCCCAUCUGGGUCCCCAAACUGACAUGCAGAAACAAACCCUACAACUCGGAGAGAGUUACAAAGCAUGAACAAGUUCUGCGAGCUCUAGAUUUCCGAAACAAGUUUUCUUCUCGCCCGUACUUACCUUCAAGUCUCAUACCUCCAGAAAGAAGAAAGAUUCUUUUCAGUGAUGUCUUAGAAAUUAGAUGGCCUGACCCUGCUACGGCUAAUCUGACAAGAUGUAUAGACAACGGCAGUGUGAGGAUCUCAUCAGUAGAUGGUUAUGCUCACCUUUACCUGUCAGAAUUGCAGCAGGAAUUUACAGUGGAGUUCUUAUGCAAAGUCAGCCAGUCAUCUGCAGCAUCCUUUUGCUCCUCUCAGAAGAACAGCAACUAUCAAACUGGAGAUCAGCAUGAAAAAUUAAGUAAAAGUUCUGUUGCAGACACAUUAUCAAAACAAACAAGAAUAGAGAAUAAGAAGAAUGAACCAACCAAACCAAAGGACCAAAAAGGCAGAGAUGGAGUCCCUUUGUUUCGCUCAAACUGUUCUUCUGAAUAUACAUGGGUUACACAGUGUUGGUCUGUUUCCUCUUACCCAGAAGAAUGGAAAUACCCUUUGUCAUUGGCACAAAUGUGCUAUAACUUACAUACUGUUAAGAAUGUAAAGAAGACGUGUGAGAAAAACAACCACUCAUCUAUAGAAGCUGAUGUUUUAAUAGACUCCAAAACACAUGAAACGGUUUCUCCUUUGCCUACAGCUUUGCCACUCAGCUGCAGAGCACCACAUUUACAUAGGUGGACUUUCUGUGACUUCUUUCAGAAUCAAAAUACUGAAGAGUAUUCAUGCCCUCAGCUAAUUCAAAUUGUAUGGUGCCAGGAUGUGUUUUAUAGAUUUAUCCAUGGCAAGACAAACAUCACAGAAAUUUAUCCUGGUGAUGACUCAUUUCUGAAGUCAGAGGGAGCAUUUCUGGGAAACUAUUUCAUACAUUAUGCAAUACAAAAAGGAACAAAAAAGAGAGAAGAAAAGAUGUAUUCGGUAAACAGCCUACCUCCUGAUGUACCAGGAACUCCAUACUCUGUAUCCUCCAUUAUUACUCAGGCAACCAAAAUACUUCAGUUCUGCUACAAGGCUAAACUAUCAUUAACUCAUAACUGUUAUCUCUGCUGCUGGAAAAUGGUACCUGAGUCAGAUGGACGAGAAAUGUUGCCGAUUUUGCUGUAUGAAAAGGUUAUUCCCAACAUAGGAAGACUCGUUGUGUACUCAGAUCAUAAAGUCCAUGCUGCUUUUUGGGAUGGAAUGACCUUGAAUAUGGUCUGGGAUUUCAGCUCCUCCUGUAGUAUGAUCCAGGUAAACAAAGAUGUAGGCUGGUGUAAGUUAACUACUCCUGAUGGGGUACAGCAGCUAAUAAAAAUAAGUCAUCCUGGAAUCUAUGAAAGGUACAUCAGAACAGCAAUAGAAUGGUGCAGAAGUUUGAACAAAAGGAGGGACAUUCCUGAAUAUACUGCACAUUCUGUAACUGAAGAAAAUUGGUCUGCUGAUGCUGAGCUCAAAAAAAUACAGAGAUUUAACUUUUUAUUGGAUAAUAGCAAUGUUCUGGAAAGGACAUCUGCUGUAAAAAACAAUCCGUCUGGUAUUACUGCCAGAAAAACGAAAAAAGAGAGUGAGUUGGAAGGAAUCAGUGAAGCAUGCGUCUUGAAGGCUUUGGAAGAAACCUCUAAAGUAAUUCAGGAUAUUGAAUCUCUGCUUGCAGCUAUUGCGAAGUGAAACCUCUUAGCAAUGUGAAGACCUGUGUUCUGUAUCUUCAUAUGAGCUGUCCCAGCUAUGUCUGAGGAGGCUUUGAGGUGCAAGAGGAAUAAAGGCUGAAGGCAGAGUGAUCAGUUGCCAUUGUAAUACCACAGCAGAUCAGCAGAGUCCAUCAGUUGCCAUUAUAAUGCUAUAGUUGUAUAUUGUGGGUGGGCAAAAAGAAAAAGUGAAACAAUAGAGCACAGCUGUAUAAAUACAUCAGGGUUGACAGUGCUGCUUUUAAAUGUAUGAAUGUUUGUUUGAAUAAUUUUAUUUUAUAGAAGAUUAUGCAAGCAACUUGAUUAACUACUUAUGUGACUAGGGUAGGGAUAAGCAGUUUGAACUGUAUAAAUGUGCUUUUAUUCAGAAGCUUACACAAGUAGACCAGUACUGAGUGAAAAGUUUCCCAAAUUCCUUCUACUUUACUGUCAUAAAUAAAUAUUUAAAGCGUCUUCAGCC